AUGAAGAAGGGAACCGUGCUGGCAGCUCUCCUGCCCCUGGCCGCCGCCGCCGACGACGAUGCCGCCAACUCCCAGAUCCGCAUCGCCUACCACGGCGACGACGGCAUGAUGGUCAGCUGGAACACGUUCGACCACGUUGCCCGUCCCAGCGUCUUCUGGGGCCGUUCAAAGGAGCACCUCGUCAACGUCGCCUCGUCGGCCGUGUCCGUCACGUAUCCCACGUCGACGACGUACAACAACCACGUCCUCAUCAAGGGCCUCAAGCCAGACACGACGUACUACUACCUGCCGGCGCAGCUCAACGAGGAUGUCUGCUAUGAGCCGUUCAACUUUACCACCAGCCGCAAAGCCGGUGACAAGACGCCCUUUUCUGUUGCCGUCGUCGCUGACUUGGGCACUAUGGGCGCACGCGGCCUGACGACCUCUGCCGGCACCGGCGUCUCGGGCAACAAUGUCCUCAAGCCGGGCGAGAAGAACACCAUCGACUCGCUCAUCAGCAACAUGGGCGGCUAUGAGUUCCUGUGGCAUGUCGGGGACAUUGCGUACGCGGACUACUGGCUCAAGGAGGAGAUUCAGGGAUUCCUGCCCAACACGACGGUCGAGGAGGGAUACAAGGUGUACGAGGCCAUCCUGAACGACUUCUACAACGAGAUGAUGCCCGUCACGGCGUCCAAGGCGUACAUGGUUGGGCCGGGGAACCACGAGGCCAACUGCGACAACGGCGGGACGGCCGACAAGGCGCACAACAUGACGUACGACCUGAGCAUCUGCAUGCCGGGCCAGACCAACUUUACGGGCUACAAGAACCACUUCCGCAUGCCGAGCGAUGUCUCUGGCGGCACGGGCAACUUCUGGUACAGCUGGGACAGCGGCAUGGCGCACUUUAUCCAGCUCGACACGGAGACGGACCUGGGCCACGGCUUUGUCGGCCCGGACGAGGUCGGCGGCACCGAGGGCGAGGGCGCGAGCCCCGUCAACGGCAAGAUGAAUGCGCAGAUCAAGUGGCUCGAGGCCGACCUCGAGUCCGUCGACCGCAGCCGCACGCCGUGGAUCGUCGUGGGCGGCCACCGGCCGUGGUAUCUGAGCCACGAGAACGUCACGGGCACCAUCUGCUGGAGCUGCAAAGACGUCUUUGAGCCGCUGUUUCUCAGAUACGGCGUCGACCUGGUGCUGUCUGGACACGCGCACGUGUACGAGCGCCAGGCUCCGAUUGCAGACCUGAAGAUUGAUCCGCGAGAGCUAGACAAUCCUUCUUCGCCGUGGUACAUCACGAACGGCGCGGCGGGCCAUUAUGAUGGGCUGGAUGCGCUGCAGAGCCCGAGACAGGCGUAUAGUCGGUUUGGGCUUGAUACGGCGAAUGCGACGUAUGGCUGGAGCAAGCUGACGUUUCACAACUGCACGCAUUUGACGCAUGAGUUUGUCGCGAGCAGUGAUGAUGCGGUGCUUGACACGGCGACUUUGUACAAGAAGCGGAGGUGUGUCGAUGGAGGUCGAGGAGGAGGUCGUUGGUGA